ACCAAAGUUACCAGGAACCUCAGCAAGUGGGACCAAACGGAAGAGAUCUAUAAAAGAAGGCAAAGCUUCCUGUUCAGAAAAGACGGAACAAGAGAGUACAAGAGUAAGAAUUCGAAAGAAAUCCCAGUUCCUCCAUUACCUUUGAAACUACCACCAGCCAACUUGCUUCACCAAGACAUCCUGUGGGCCUGGUGCCAAGAACUCCAGCUGAGCACCAAAGGCCAGAAAUUAGAUGUAUAUAAGCGAACCUGCGAAUAUGCUUACCCAGAUCAAAAGAAGAACUUUCCUGUCACCUCAGAGGAGCCCAAGAUUCUCACCCAGACACAAAGAAGGUUGAUGAUGGACAAGGGGGAAAUGUCUCUGGAAAGUCCUGGAACAAAGAUACCUUCUGAUGGAACCUACCCUCCUGAAGUGGCUGCCCCUCCUGAGGGGUCUGAUGCUCUCCUGGAGGUGGUCAAUACUGUUGUUGUGACCACUUUGGCCCCAGAUUCCAUGUUUGCCUCCUGGUCCAGAAUUGCAGCCAGGGCUGGGAAGAUGGAGACAGUGGCAUCGCCACAGGAGGCCCAUGGUGCCAAGUGGUGUGUGGUCCAUGGGAGAAGUAUGCCUGCAGGCACAGAAGGUUGGGUUCACCUGCAAUUUCAUGCAGGACAAACCUGGGUGCCUGAAAAGCGGGGGAGAGUAUGCGCCCUCUUCUUGCUCCCCGCUUGUAACUUUCCACCCCCACAGCUGGAGGACAAUAUGCUGUGUCCCAAAUGUGUUCGCAGGAAUAAGGUGUUAAUGAAAAGCCUCCAAUGAGCUUUCAAUAGCAGGAAAAGGGACACAGCUGUGAUUAUAAUCAAUGGUACAAAGAGAACUACAGUCAACUCCGUGGUGACACUGAUGGCCGGACUGUAGGCUGCUCACACCCUCCAUGCUGCCUGCUUACAGGGACACAGGCUAGUGCAUUACAGAUGUUACCCUCCAACCUCCACUGGGGCCUGUGGCUUCAUGGGUUGAGAUGCAGGAGCUCUUAGAUUUUAAAUUGGAAGAGCAUUUCAGAAAUUACCAUUUCUUCUAUUUAAUAAGAAGAAAAAGUCAUUCAUGCUACCAAACGUUUACCCUUCUGAAAUAGAAGUGACCUUAACUUCUUUUAAAGUGGGAACCUGAGCCUCGCCUAGCAGAGGGUUUGGGGGUGGGGGGUGGAGUGGAAAGUACAGGUGUGCUUCCACACUGGAUUUCUCUGCAAUUCCAACUCCUCCAGAGACCGCUACACCUUCUUAGGUUCGUGACUUCAGGCUGUUGAGUAUUUUAAACCAAAGGGAAAGCUGUUAUUCUUUCCCACUCCCAAAAACAUACUCUUAAUAUAGAAAACAUUUUUUGAUGUUUUCUUAAUAACCUGAGACCUCUAUGGUAUGUCUCUGGGAUAAUAAUAUGGAACACUUUGCGGGUAUUAUUUUUACUUGUAACUAUCAUGUGUGUUUCUACUGCUUAAAAAUAUUUAAGGGUACUUCUGAAUCAUAAAUUCAUAAUGUAUUGGAUUUUAAAUUGUAUAUAAAAUCAUCUAUUGUAUAUAGGAGGCCAUAUGCAUUGUGGGCAAAUUCUUAAUAUUCUUAACUCAGAAUUAAGCUAAAAAUCAUGGUUUUCUUUGGCAUGAUUCUUUUUUUAAAACCACUCAAAUGAAGUAUGAGUAACAUUAAAAAAAAGCUAUACGUUUAAUGUAUAUAAUUUGAUGAGUUUGAUUCAUUUAUAAUUUUUUGUGUCCUUCCUAAAUUUAUAGUCCUGCAGUUCUUAGAAAAGAUUUUUUUUUCACUCGUGUUCUUAUGGCAGUUUCCAACAUUGUUUUAUUGUUGUGGAUUUGGAGAUUAUGAAAAAUUUUUCCCCCUCUCUAAUGUACUGGAAGGAGUAGUAGAGUUAGAAAGUUUGUAACCAUUAGGAUAUGGACAGAUUUGGGCAGGAAUCCUCAAUAAAUGUUAAAAAUGUUAAAAAAAAUAAAUUCUG